GCCUGACGUCCCUCAGGAUUUUGACAAAACGUUGUGAAUUUCUCCCACCUGUAACACCAUAAGCCCACUCAAACACCCUUGGUUGUUCAGCUUUCUCCCCACGCCUGAGGCGACCGUGACAGUGUGAACCGGGCCAAACAGCAGCACCGUCGAUCACAGCAGCGGGGCAUUCCUGCUACGCUGAAGACCAGGGACUAAGUGGGAUGUUGGUGGUAAACCUGCCGCCACCGAUGGGCAGUUUUUAGGCUGGUCAAGCUCACCCUUUGACGAGCGUACGCACAAAAGCGAGAAUGGCGGCAUUGGGCGAGCAGGAUCUUGAUCCGGCUCACUUGUGGAAGAAUGACUCCAUCGAAGAGAGGAUUUUCUCUGCAGCGCUCAUAUGCCUUGAGGCCCACUAUCUGCAGUCUCCUGUGAUGGGAGCACAGUCGAUGACCAAAGUCCUGACCAUAAUCACCAAGACUCUUGAAAAGACGCACACUCUCAAAGAUGUCCGAGAGGUUCUCUCGCGCAACGUACGAAUAUGGAUAUGGCUCAAGAGAGCCGUGUGCGCCGCGCUCUGUGACCUCAACGAGAAGUCCCUUGGGGUGCGGUCUGUACCCAUGGUGCAGACCAAGUUUAUUGAUAUCACGACACCAGAUGUCACGGCUCUCAUCAUCAAGAACUACGCCACCCUCAAGGAGGCGCUGCAGAUGCUUAACAAGCUCAUGCACAUCGCGCGGAAUUUGCUCGUUACCACGACGCCUCAGGUCCCUCAGGACCUUUCUGCCGCUAUCGCUUUUGACCAGGAGGUGUACGAGGCGAUUUGCCUCUGCGUCAAUGUCACGAGCAAGGGGAUCGACGGGGAGAUGCCCGAGGACGAUGCGUCGCGGGUCAAGCUCAACGAAAUUACCGAGCUGUACAAAAAGGUCCUAGUGACGUCCUUGCAACAGGCUCACAAUUGGAUCGCCAAGAAUGACCGGAACAAGAUGACCUUUUGGUUUCGAGUCCUGAUUGAAUCACCCGAUGUGGACAACAACCCGGCGCCUGAGGACAGGCAUGAGCCUGUGCUUGAUUACCUAGGACCACGGUGCUUGGCUCUCAAGACAGAAGUGUCCAACUGGUUGAAGAGGAAUUCGCACAUGAGCCCAACUGCAGCGGCUAUAUGUAAGGAAUACCUGGAAGCCAGCGAUCGGAGCGAGACAGAGGAUUGGUUUCCCCAAGACAAAAACCUGGCUUGGAACUACUCACCCGAAGCCACCUGGGAAUUCAAGCCCGACAUUUACGGCGAAGCAUCGAAGGCUGUUUCCGCCUGGAUCCCAGACGAGCCGGAUAAAUUUGAGCAGGACCGGCUAUAUGGCCACGUCUCGCACGAGUUGGACGAGUGGUGGGAGGACACAAGGAUCCCCAACGCGAGCAACUGGAGCAUCGCAAUGUAUCCAACUGAACUGGUCCCUGAGCGAAUCAAGGAGUGCGAGUCGAUCCUACUGCACCGGUACGAUGGCGCAGACAUACAGGACGAGCAUAUUGAGACGGUCCCCCCGGGCACCAUCGACGAAGGACGUGCGACUGAAUGGCAAGGCGGCCAUGCAUCGCAGUCCACACCCUCAUACGCCCCUGAGUAUGACGAGUACGACGACCCUGAUGACGACGACUCAUAUGGCGAAGGGCCAAUGACGGGCCUCUUGACCGAGGUGCCAAAUAUUCUCGACCCCAAGCAAAUUGAAGCUCUGCACAUGAUUGUGAAAUCCUGCAUCCUCGAGUCGGCCGGGACAGGAGUUAACCGACACGGGGAGAGCAUGCAGAAGGCUCGGUGCAGGAUACUACUAGCGACAGACUGCGGCAAGAACUUGCUUCGCGAAAUGCUCGUGUUCAUCGCCGUCUGGGAAAAGGACGACCAGUCUCUGAUUUUCCAGAUCACAAGCCAGAUCGUACAGGCGAUACACGAGAGCUCGCUGCUGCCAUAUGCAUGGAACGCGCUGCGCAGCCCCAAAGAUAUAAUAUCACCGGCCCAGACAGUCCUGCUGAAGAUGAUCACAUACCUUUGCCGGACGGCCCUGUACCCGUCUAAGGAGUACAACCCGGAGCCGGACUUACGGUCUGGCGAUAUGAACCGAAUUCUCAACAACGACGAGAUCAGGCUCGCAAAGAUGGUCAAUUUCCUCUACGGCAUCUUUAGGAGCCGUAUUGUGCCCGAGUGUGUCGCCCUGAUGCAGAUACAGGGCGAAGUUCGCACGAACAGGCUCGACCCGGCCGAGUUCCCCGUUGACAAUUGGGACUUGGAGCGCGGCAAAGAAGGUUUGGUGCAGUACCUCGACUUUCUGUAUACCGUCGCAGAUAUUUACCCCCUAAGACAACACCUCAUCGAGUAUGAGGCCGUCUACGAGCUCAUAAAAUUACUUGAAGGACUAGACGUGGGCGUCGAGAAGAUCCCGUUCGCGCACUCCCGGCGGCAUGACAGCUCCGUCCACCCAGCAGCUCAACAACAGCAGCAACAACACCAACAACAACACCACCACAGCCACCCAGGCGCUCCCAACCCAGCCUAUCCCAACGGCGGGCACAACCCUAGCAAUGGCAAUCUCCCGCCGCCUCCUCCGCCACCGCCACCACCGCUCGCCGACCCUCCACACGAGUUUCCUUGGACCGGCCUCAAGGGCCAGGUCCUCUCCAUCAUGGCGGCCCUCCUUCAGCCUCCUCCAGGCCAGUCCUCUCCUGGCAACCCGGCCGUGCAGAUGCAGAUCGUCCAGCACAACGGCAUCGUCGCACUUCUCAACUGCUGCCUGUACGACGACAAUAACCGCUUCUGCCGUGAGCGCACCCAGCUCUGCCUUAAGUGGCUCAUGGACGGCAGCCCAGACGCCAGCGCGUUUCUGCAGAACCUCGUCCAGGCAAAUCAGCAUGCCGCUGGUGCUGGGGCGGGGGCUGGGAGUAUGCGCCCGCCACCCGCGCCGCCAGGGGGAGCAGCAGGGCCUACUAUGCAAACGGUCCGCAUCGACGGCGUGCCGGGUGAGGUCAAGGUUCAGGUGCGCAGCUCGAGUGCGCCGGCAGCGGAGAACAAUGGCCCCGGGGCAGGAAGACCAGCAGCUGCUACUAUGAUCCCAGCAGGGGCGCUUGGUGGAAAUAUCAUGCCACCCCUUUCUUCUCCUGCAGUGGGCUCCAGCCAGAGUGGCAGUGCCGCGGCAACCCUGGACCACCGUGUCAGUGAGCAUCGGAGUCGCAGCGAGGAGCUGGUCAAUGAUUUACUGGCACUGACUGUAGCGGACGGUGCGGCGGCUGCGAGCGGGAAUGCUGUUCCUGGAAACGGCGGACUACAGAGAGUCACGUCGCUCAGUGAUGACUAUGAGGAGGAGGAAGGCGGGCAUCAUGAUGAUGAAGCGGACGAUGAGACGGAGGACGAUUUCAUGUAGACAUUGGCCACGAUGCGGCUCCAAUUCCAAAGUGAAUGCAGACAAAUUCGUCAAAUAAAGCAGCCAGUCAACGAAA